AUGUUGCGCUUCGAUGUCCUUCUUUAUGUGGAAAACGUGUCAGUGCCUAAAAAGAUGCGCGGACGCACGCCGCGCUGGCUGUGGGUGGGGGCGGGUAGUGGUGCGUUACUUGCGCUUGCGGCGCUAUCCGCUGCACUCGCCUGGACCAGCAUAUUCGAUUCAGCACUUGCUAAUCAACUGGCGCUGACUCCAAACUCCAGGUCGUUCAGGACUUGGGUGGCACCGUCAGUACCACUAUACUUCGAUAUUUACUUCUUCAACUGGACCAAUUCUGAGAAGUUUCCAGAAGAGAAACCGAAUUUAGUGCAGCUAGGUCCCUACCGGUUUCUGGAGAAGAGGAAACACGUGAACGUGACGUGGCAUGACAACAACGGUACGGUGGCGUACCGGACACAGAGGAGCUGGUACUUUGACGAGUCCUCCUCCAAUGGCACUCUUCAGGACAACAUCACCACACUCAAUGGUAUCGCUGCUUCAGCAGUUUACCGGUCCAGAUUCUGGGGUUUCCUCCAACAGAAGGGUCUGGCAAUGGGCCUGGCGAUGUUCAACCAGAAGAUAGCUGUCUCCAAGCUGGCCAGAGAGCUGCUGUUCGAAGGUUAUGAUGACCAGCUCCUGAAUCUCGCCAAAAGUCUACCUUCGAGUACCACUGGAGGAGCCCCGCCCGUGGACAAGUUUGGAUGGUUUUAUGAGAGGAACAACUCCUUGGAUACCGACGGCUACAUGGAAGUCACGACAGGGAGGGCAGCGGGUACUAUCCCCGGGCAAAUCAUGAGGUGGAACUAUGAAGACCACAUCCCGUAUUACGAAGGAGAGUGUGCUCAACUGGCUGGUAGUGCUGGAGAGUUCAUGCCUCGCAACCUGACGGAAGAAUCCCUGCUGCCGAUGUUCGUGCCAGAUCUCUGCCGGACCGUGUACAUGGAGUAUGUAGACACUGGCGAACAGGACGGCUUGACCUUUAACAAGUAUGCGUUAACGCAAAGGAGUUUUGAUAACUCGUCAAGCUCUCCAUCAAACACAUGUUUUUGCAAUGGAGAGUGUGCUUGGAGCGGAGUGAUGAACGUGUCAGCCUGUAGGUUCGGGUCCCCGGCCUUCAUGACCCUCCCUCACUUCUUACACGGGGAUCCUCAGCUCAGGGAGCUGGUGACCGGCAUGCAGCCAGAUCCUGAUGCCCAUUCCUUUUACUUUGCUGUUGAACCUAAACUGGGAGUCCCGUUGGAUGUAGCUGCGAGAUUCCAGCUCAAUUUAUAUUUAGAACCCAGUGAGAAUAUCGGACUUUAUGAAGACGUACCCAGGAUGCUAUUUCCAAUAUUCUGGGUAGAACAACGAGUGAAGGUGGAAGACGACGUGAUAGCAGAGCUGCGGCUAGUGCGCGCCAUCUUUGAUUGGGGCGGCACCGUUUGCGCGUGCGCUGCGCUCGUCUUCGCAAUCCUCGUCACCAUGGCAACGUGUUGGGCUAGAAAACCACACACAAUAAAAAAGGAAUCUUUAUUUGAAAAGCCCAAAGACGAGGCCGAAUUAAAGCUCAAUCCUAUAUGA